UUUUUUCUGUCACGACUUCGCAAACCACACAUCUGUUUCAAUUAGUGAGUCCAAAAAUUUCUUGUUUUUACAGAAUGAAAAAACUGAUUUAAGGCAUCUCGGCCACUGGUUCCGAGGCUUUGUUAGGGCAAAUACAGAGUGGUUUGGAGCAAAACCCAGAUAGUGGAGAGAGAAUUGAGGCUCUCUCUCUUUAGAUUUUUUUCCUUCAUUUAUUUUUUCCUUUUGGGGUUGAGGGUUUGGUGCAUUGGGUGAUAUAAAAAGAUAUUUGUAUACCCAAUGCUCAUUUCUUGAGAAAGUAAUCUUCUCCCCUCCCGGCCAUCUUAUCUCAAUUUUACUUCUCAGUCUCUCCCUCACGUUCUCUUCUUGAAAGCCAAGUUUUGGGUUUCUUGAAGGGAAAUUAGGGAGACAUGGAAGCUGUUUUGCAGACCAAAGGGUUGCUCUCUCUGCCCUCAAACCCGAAAUUCAGGGUGUUCAAUUCACAGCAAGGGCUAAGGCAGAGGCUUUUCGUUCAAAAACCCAAAACCCUUGGUGGGUUAUCUCUACCUCUUAAUGGGUUUCAGAAAUUUCAAGGGUUUGUGGCAAAACCACAUGACUUUUGCAGACAAAAUAGAGGCUUUAUCUGCAGGGCUGAGGCGGCCGCUGCAGCUGAUGGGCAAUCGUUGUUUGCAGAGCCAGAGAAGCCCAAGUUCUUGGGUAUUGAGACUGCGACCUUUAAGAAGAUCGUACCACUUGGGUUGAUGUUCUUUUGUAUCCUUUUCAACUAUACUAUUCUUAGGGAUACAAAGGAUGUUUUGGUUGUGACAGCUCCGGGGAGUAGCGCUGAGAUUAUACCAUUCUUGAAGACUUGGGUGAACUUGCCUAUGGCUAUUGGGUUCAUGUUGCUGUACACAAAAUUGGCUAAUGUUUUGUCCAAGCAGGCUCUAUUCUAUACCGUCAUCGUCCCCUUUAUCGCCUUCUUUGGGGCAUUUGGAUUUGUUCUCUAUCCUCUCAGCAAUUUUUUCCAUCCCACAGCGCUUGCUGAUAAGCUUCUUGCUGCUCUGGGUCCGAGGUUCCUCGGCCCACUCGCAAUUUUGAGGAUCUGGAGUUUCUGUUUGUUCUAUGUCAUGGCUGAGCUUUGGGGAAGUGUGGUGGUUUCAGUUCUGUUUUGGGGUUUUGCCAAUCAGAUAACUACCAUUGAGGAAGCUAAAAGAUUCUACCCUCUGUUUGGACUUGGAGCCAAUGUUGCCCUUAUUUUCUCAGGCCGAACAGUGAAGUACUUCUCUAAUCUGAGACAAAAUUUGGGUCCUGGAGUAGAUGGUUGGGCCAUCUCCCUGAAAGGAAUGAUGAGCAUUGUGGUGCUGAUGGGGCUCGCAAUCUGUUUCAUUUAUUGGUGGGUGAAUAAGUCUGUUCCUCUUCCGACCCGUAGCAAGAAGAAGAAGGAGAAGGUCAGGUUGGGGACAAUGGAGAGUUUAAAGUUCUUAGUGUCUUCCAGAUACAUCAGGGAUCUUGCCACUUUGGUGGUUGCAUAUGGCAUCAGCAUCAACCUUGUGGAGGUUACAUGGAAAUCAAAGCUCAAAGCUCAGUUUCCUAGCCCGAAUGAAUACUCAUCCUUUAUGGGUGACUUCUCAACUGCCACUGGAAUAGCAACUUUCACAAUGAUGCUGCUAAGUCAAUGGAUAUUUAACAAAUACGGAUGGGGAGCUGCAGCGAAGAUCACACCCACAGUCCUCCUCCUCACAGGAGUUGGCUUCUUUUCUCUGGUUUUGUUUGGGGACCCCUUUGCACCUGCUCUUGCAAAGUUUGGAUUCACUCCUCUUCUUGCAGCAGUAUAUGUUGGUGCCAUGCAAAAUAUUUUCAGCAAGAGUGCCAAGUACAGUUUAUUUGAUCCCUGCAAAGAAAUGGCCUAUAUUCCUUUGGACGAGGACACCAAGGUUAAAGGGAAGGCAGCCAUUGAUGUUGUUUGCAAUCCGUUGGGGAAGUCUGGAGGUGCUUUGAUUCAGCAGUUCAUGAUCUUAACCUUUGGGUCACUAGCGAAUUCAACUCCUUACCUUGGAGGGAUACUCAUGGUGAUCGUUGUUGCCUGGUUAGCAGCAGCAAAGUCUCUUGAUACCCAGUUUACAGCACUGCGUCGGGAGGAAGAGCUCGAGAAGGAGAUGGAAAUAGCAACUGUCAAGAUCCCAGUUGUAGCUCAAGAUGAAUCUGGAAAUGGUUCUCUUGCAAGUGAUCCAGCUCUAAAUCCUGCAGGGGGCGACUCGUCAAGCAGUUCAUCAGAGACAACUCCUCGCAACAUCUAGUAAUUUUUCUUCCAUUAUUGAAUGAUGAGGAAGAAGUAGAAGAUGAGGAGCAUCAUAGAUCUUUUGUUGGUUUUAGUGUUUUUAGUCUGCCAUAGAAUAAUGAAAACCAAAGCUAGCAUGCUACUGGGUACGUUUUGAAGAGCCCUUGGGGCUUUUUCCCAUAGAUGUUAUCACCUUUACUUUCUGUUGCAAGUUUAUAGAACUGCAUUGGAUUUAUAUUUCCCUCCCUUGUUUAACUUCAUUUAUUUAUUUAUUUUAUGGUGAAAGGUUCUUUUGGAGAAUGUA